AUGAUCGCACCGACAGCUGAGGAUAUUACUCGAGUAGUACACACCAGACUAGCUGAGAAAGCGCUGAACAUCACUGUCGCCGAACGUCCGAGAAGUCCAGAAUCACUUACCAAAGGCGCGUGGGAGAUAAGAAGCCAGCUUAGAGCGCGAUUGUCAAACAAUUCCCUUACCAAGUCAACCCAUGCCAUGCCUCGCAUCUCGAUCGUCAAAACAGCCCUGCUCUUCGCCUUCAUCUGCGUGACCACUGCCAGCUUGACCGGAGUGAUACUGAAUCCACUCAUCAGGGGGACAGAAGGAGUGUUGAAGCGGCAGCCAGUCCUUGACUGGGACAAAGACACUUGCUACCAAACCUCCACAAUCGAUUCCAAUGACAAUACCAAUCCGGGCCUAGAGCCAAGCUCUUCCGAGAGCGUAUGUCGCGACGCGUCCCGCCUGUCGCACUGUAACACGUACGCACAUGACGAUGCCGACCCACGAAAUGUUCGCUCGGAGGGCAACCACUCGAAGCUCGUUGCGCACUAUGACACUGGGAACACGGCAUCUCUUCGGCUCGCGAAGGCGGCGGAUGAUAAGAUCCAGAACGCUUUGGGGAGAUGGCAGGCGUGUCACCUUCAACAGAUUGAUGUCAUGAACAACACUCUCGCUUCAAGGCUCUUGAAAACAAACUGGGGAAGUGCUCACAUGGACCUACCUGAUGGCCGCUUCCAAGAACGGUUGGAGAAAUACAUGCCGAAGCAGGCCAGGCAAAACUUCUUCACUGCGCUCGAUUGGUGGAGUCCGGAGGUAGUUCCGUUUCAGGCAAAGGUGCGAUGUAGUGCUUAA